GUAUCCAAGCUUGUAACUAUGAACCUCCUCUUAAACAACAUGGCGCAUGUGUACAGCUGCACUGCAAAUAUAGACGAUACAUCCAGUUAGGUGGAAAAUAAGUAAUUUAUGCUCAGCUAGCACCUAAACUAGACUUCGGCGACACUAUCUGAUGCAGACGCUCGUGCCUGUUUACUUGGACAGCAUCCGUCUCUGCGCGCUUUGACAACUUUGCGCGAGCUCACCUGUUUACCAUGAAGACGAGAAAGCCUUUCAGGUCCUGAACCGUUACUUAGUUUCAGAUUGAAUGUUUUGUUACUGCGGGUACCGUGUAUGCGGGUAUUGUGAGGUCUUUUAACUUGUUUUAGUUAAGAAAAAAUUAAAAAGCUAUGUGACUGCGACCUAAACCAGACUUCAACGGAUGAAGAAAUGUUACUCAACGUUAUGAGAGAAAACAACACACAACUGCACCAGGGGGAAAGGGAGAGAGAUAGACUCCCUCCAAUUUCAAAUAAUUCCACCUCUGGUACUGAUCGUGGACCAAAGCUGCCAUAUCCGUCCCUCAGUUUCAUCUCAAACCACAAAAAGGAGGCUGGUAGCCACGGCCUCUCCUCCCAGUUUAUCCUUCCUGGCAUACGGCAUGGUAGAGAUCUUCCCCCCAUCUGUCCUGAUGUCAGACAGAAGCAUCAACAUCGCAUCACCAUUGACAUUUUGCCUCCUGAGGUCAGGGCUCGCUUUGCCUCCGACCCUGUUAUCCCCCUCCGCACCAAGACUGCCAAAGAGUUUCAGGAGGACAUUGAGAAGGCAACAGUCUCCGGCGAUUGGAAACACGUCCAUGAUUUCUACUUGACCACGUUUGACUCUUUUUUGGAACUGAAUGCUGCCUUUAAGAAAGAAGCAAACGCUCCAUUCAACACGAUUGAAGACUCAGGAAUCAAUACCAAAUUCAUCAAUGCUGUCUAUGACACAUUAUUGCUCACGCCUCCUGAUACCCAGAGAGCAGUGCUGAAGGGGAUCAUUAACAGCUUGUUAAGAGAAUGGAAGGGUCGACGGACGAAGGAUGACCUGAGAGCGUAUUUCAUUCUAGUUCAGAACCCUCAGUGCACCAGCCCAGCCACAUAUGUCAUCUAUGCACACUUACUGAGGCAAAUAGCCGCGUUGGCUGAAGCAGACCACUAUUUCCUGAUGCACUGGUUUAAGAAGCUGUCCCAGAAGCGGUUCAAACAGCUGGUGGAGCGGCUCCACCUCUUCAUCUCCACCCGUUUGUUCCCUGCCAAGCCUGAGGAGCUGCCCCCCAUGGCCAAGUGCUCCUGGUGGAUCCCCUCCGCCACCAAGGUCCUCUCCCUCCUCAAUGCAGCCAAUAGCAUUUCUUGCACUCCCAUCAUGCCCUUUGUUGACUUCUAUAACCUCACACUGGACCACACUGACUUCAUGGAGGAUUAUCGCACAUGGCAGACUCAGGGAAACUUUACCAGGUUUACAUUCUGCCAGUUCCCCUUCAUUCUAUCCACGGUGGUGAAGAAGGCAAUCAUCCAGAAGGACUCGGAGCAGCAGAUGAUCAGCAUGGCCAGGCAAAGCCUAGUGGACAAAGUGUCUCGCAGACAGCGAGUUGACAUGAGCCUGCUGUUUCUCAACAUCAAAGUCAGGCGGCCGCAGCUGGUCAGUGACUCACUGGAUGAGCUUGCUAGAAACCGUGCAGACUUGAAGAAGAAGCUGAAAGUGACGUUUGUGGGGGAGGCUGGUUUAGACAUGGGCGGUCUGACCAAGGAGUGGUUUCUCCUUCUCAUCCGACAGAUCUUUCAUACAGACUACGGCAUGUUUACAUUCUUCAAGGAUUCCCACUGUCACUGGUUCAGCAGCUGGAAGUGUGACAACUACUCUGAGUUCCGAUUGGUCGGAGCCCUCAUGGGCCUGGCCGUGUACAACAGCAUCACCCUGGACAUCCGCUUCCCCCCCUGUGUCUACAAGAAGCUGCUGACCCCGCCCGUGGUGCCGUGUGACCCCGAUACCCCCGUUGGCAUGGCGACCCUCACCCUGGACGACCUGCAGCAGGUCAUGCCUGAUCUUGCUCAUGGGCUGGCAGAACUUCUCAGCUAUGAAGGCAACGUGGAGGAGGACUUCUGCACAACUUUUCAGGUGUCGCAGGAAGAACUAGGUGUGAUGAAGUCCUACAAUCUGAAACCAGGAGGAGAUAAGAUUCCUGUCACCAACCAGAACAGGAAGGAGUAUGUCCAGCUGUACAUAGAUUUCCUGCUGAAUAAGUCCAUUUACAGGCAGUUUGCUGCCUUCUACUAUGGCUUCCACAGUGUGUGUGCCUCCGACGCUUUGAUGUUGUUGAGGCCAGAGGAGGUGGAGAUCCUGGUGUGUGGCAGUCCCAACCUGGACAUGAACACUCUGCAGAAGGCAGCACAGUACGAAGGCUAUAGCAAGGCUGAUCCCACCAUCAGGGCAUUCUGGGAUGUGGUGCUGGCCUUCCCUCUGGAGCUCCAGAAGAAGCUGCUACAUUUCUCAACCGGAAGUGACCGCGUCCCCGUGGGAGGAAUGGCCGACCUCAACUUCAAGAUCUCCAAGAUUGAUGCAUCCACCGACUGGUUGCCUAUAUCUCACACUUGUUUCAACCAGAUCUGCCUGCCACCAUACAAAAAUAAAAAAGAACUGAAGCAGAAGUUAACUAUUGCCAUUUCAAACGCAGAGGGGUUUGGACUGGAGUGAACUCUGAUCUACAAACCACAAUGGUGAAAUUGUAAUUUAUCUUGUUUUAGGGUGUGUACAUUUAGACAUGUUCAGACAUGCUAUUGGUAUACCAGUAAGCUCUCCGCUUCAAAUGUUCUUAGCAAUUAACUUAGCCAAUCUGUUUCUGUAGAAAUAUGAAUGAAAAGUUAUAUUACAAGCAAGCUUUCAGAGCACUUGUGUUUGUGCUCUAAAUACCUUUGCCUUUUGGAUAUCGAAAUGGACAUGGAAAAGGUUCUGCCCAGUCCAGUAACAAUUAAGUAGUUAAUUAAAGUAAGGGAUUUAAUGUAGGUUAGAUUAGGGCUGGUUUGGACUGUGAUAAAAUAGCUAGACAGUCUGUCAGUACUGAGGUGUAGGUUCUUAGUGACAGAGCCCAUCUCUCUUCCUGAACAGAGUCCCUGUACUGUCUCUCUUUGACAAAGGCCUUUUCAGGCCUAAGAUUUAACUCAUUCUGAGGCUGAUGUAAAUUAUGAACACAGAGAUUGUCUCGUUGGUAUUUAUACUAAUAUAUUUUGUUUUCAGAGGUCUCUGUGGUUUGGAAGAAGUUUCUGUUAUGUUUGUGAGCAGAGUUUUUAGACGACCCUUUCAGGAUGUUUUAAUGUAGAGCCUGAAAGGGAAUCAAGCUUCAUUAGGGUUUAUCAUGUUACAGUAGUUGUGCUGGUAUAUGACUAUUAUUGAUGUGAGAACUUACGGUAUACCUCUUUUGCUCCCCAAUUGUCGGUGAUGCCUCUCGAUACAGAUUACGUCUCUUGAUACUCUUGUUACAAUUGGCAUAUUGUAUGGAGAGGUAUGAAAUAGUUACAAAACACCAAUAAGAUCAUGAUUGAUAUCAAGGCAAAUAAGAGUUCUAUGGACCUCACACACCUGCAGGUUAGAAUGAUAAAACGGGUGUAUGAAUUGUACAGUAUCGGGAACUAUAUAAUUUAAUGCGGUUGUAAAAUGAUCGUUAUUGUAAAGUGACACCUCUUGUGUUGUAGUAGUUAGCUCACUCUCAGGAUGUCCACAUUGCAUGUACUGUACGAUUCUUCUGAAAUGAUGAUCUUGAUAAUAAAAAUGUGGUCCUUGUUAACACAAUGAAAAGGUAAACUGCUUUAUUAUCUAAAAAUUGAAAGUAAGUGGGCGACGGAGAGAAUCAAAAUGGUGCAGUUUGAGGCCAUGUGACAGAAAGUGAUGCGGGCGCUGGAGAUGGGGCUGUGUGCUAGUGGGUCUG